GUGACGUUCCUUCGUACCGACAGACGUGAGUAAUCGAUACCCGAUCAUGGGUGGCGGCAAUGUUUUCAUGCCUGCUCCUGACAAUCUGACCAACUCACUCUGCCAUGGCGCCCGUAAUGUCGCAGACGAAGGAUUCGCACCGUGAUUGAAAUCACACGAUCAAAACUAACUCGUGCGUAUUGCGUUUUGUUUGGUCAACAUUUCUCCCUGAAUCGGCCAUGACUGUAGAGCAGAAUGUCCUCCAGCAGCAUUCUCAAAAGCACCAGCAGACUCUACUAAACCAGUUACGAGAGGUCACAGGCACCACAGAUGUUCAGCUCCUUCAACAGGCCUUGCAGGUGAGCAAUGGAGACCUGGCUGAAGCUGUGGCCUUUCUGACAGAGAAGAAUGCCAAAGUUCCUCAGCAAGAUGAGACUACCUACUACCAGACUUCUCAGGUGUCCAGUGACAGAUAUAUCAGCGUGGGCAGCCAAGCAGACUCAAAUGUCAUUGACUUGACUGGAGAUGAUAAAGAUGACCUUCAGAGAGCAAUUGCCCUCAGCCUGGCGGAGUCCAACCGAGCAUUCAGGGAGACCGGGAUCACUGAUGAGGAGCAGGCCAUCAGCAGAGUUUUGGAGGCCAGCAUAGCAGAGAACAAAGCAAGUCUGAAGCGCACCCACACAGAAGUAUGGAGUGAUUCACCCAACCCACAUGACAGGAAGAGGAUAGAUAACUGCCCUGUAGGCUUGAAAAAUGUUGGCAAUACCUGCUGGUUCAGUGCCGUCAUUCAGUCUCUUUUUAACUUGCUGGAGUUCCAGAGGCUAGUGCUCAACUACUCUCCACCAGCCAGGGUCCGUGAUCUGCCUCACAACCAGAAGGAACACAGGAACCUUCCCUUCAUGCAAGAGCUGAGGAAUCUCUUCUCCCUCAUGGUUGGGUCCAAGAGAAAAUAUGUGGAUCCAUCGCGGGCAGUUGAAAUUCUGAAAGAUGCUUUUAAGUCUAGUGAAUCACAACAGCAGGAUGUCAGUGAAUUCACACACAAGCUCUUGGACUGGCUGGAGGAUGCCUUCCAAAUGAAGACUGAAGAAGAUGGGGAAGAAGACAAGCCAAAGAACCCAAUGGUUGAGCUUUUCUAUGGUCGAUUCCUUGCCGUUGGUGUUCUGGAAGGUAAAAAAUUUGAGAACACAGAAAUGUUUGGCCAGUAUCCGCUGCAAGUGAAUGGCUUCAAGGAUCUCCACGAGUGUCUGGAGGCAGCAAUGAUUGAAGGGGAGAUUGAAUCCCUACACUCAGCAGAGAACUCUGCCCGGUCUGGACAAGAGCACUGGUUCACAGAACUCCCUCCAGUGUUGACCUUUGAGCUCUCGAGAUUUGAGUUUAAUCAAGCACUUGGACGGCCUGAGAAGAUCCACAACAAACUGGAGUUCCCCUCUAUGCUCUACAUGGACAGAUACAUGGACAGAAACCGAGAAAUAACCCGAAUUAAAAGAGAGGAAAUCAGGAGGCUAAAAGAACAUUUGACACUGCUUCAGCAAAGACUAGAAAGGUAUCUGAGCUACGGCUCUGGCCCCAAGAGGUUUCCUCUGGCAGAUGUCCUCCAGUAUGCCAUGGAGUUUGCCUCCAGUAAGCCUGUGUGUACAUCGCCUGUGGAAGAUAUUGACUCAUCAUCACACCCUGGUGGCACAACUGGAGUACAGCUGCCUCUUCCAAGCAGUAUGGCCGAGCAGGACUCUUUGGCUUCCCCAGAGAGCUCAGGCUCUGCCUCAGGCCCUGCUUCAACUCCUACUACAGCCCAGCAGCAGAGAGCUCCCAUUCAUAAGCCUUUCACGCAGUCCAGACUACCUCCUGAUCUCCCCAUGCACCCUGCACCUCGCCAUAUUACUGAAGAGGAAUUGAGAGUCCUUGAGGGAUGCUUGCACCGAUGGAGGAGUGAAGUUGAAAAUGACACCCGUGAUCUACAGGACAGUAUAAAACGAAUCCACAGGACCAUUGAGCUGAUGUACUCCGACAAAUCAAUGAUGCAGGUUCCUUAUCGACUUCAUGCAGUGUUGGUCCAUGAAGGCCAGGCCAACGCAGGUCACUACUGGGCCUACAUUUAUGACCCACAUCAACGUUGCUGGAUGAAGUACAACGAUAUCUCUGUUACAAAGUCUUCCUGGGAGGAGCUCGUGCGGGACUCGUUCGGAGGCUACCGCAAUGCCAGUGCCUACUGUCUUAUGUAUAUCAAUGACAAGAAGCCCUUUCUUACGGAAGAGGAGUUCGAUAAAGAAACUGGCCAGCUACUGAGUGGCAUGGACAAACUUCCGCCAGACCUGAAGCAGUAUGUAAAGGAGGACAAUGAGCUCUUUCUCAAGGAAAUUGAGGAGUGGAAUGCAUUGCAGGCUCGCAAGGCCCAACAGGAAAAAUUGGCUGUUGCCGCAGCAGCAUCAACAGCAUCGAGCAACUCCAUUUCCUCCUCCUCACCCCAGCCCAUGAGCAUUGAUGGCAGCCCUCCAGACAAUGCAGCACCCCAACAGGAUCCUGAGUACAUGGAGCAGCCAUCACCCACCAAUGACUCCAAACAUCUUCAAGAGGACACAGAGAGAGCCAUCUCCAGGGCAACUGCUGAACAGGAAGAGAGAAGCCCUGAAGCGCUCUUAAAUGCUUCUCUUCACCCUCUCACUUCCCCUGAGCCUGAAGUCCAGUUGACCACCCCCUCAAUCCCUCCACCUGAUUUUGUCAUGGAGGAUGAGUCCCCUGUCCACCACACAGUAGAGGUGGCCAUUCCCAAUGUUGGGACGUUUAUCAUUGAGUCAGAAGAAGGGGGAUAUGAUGAUGAGGCUCUCAAGUUAGAAUAUGCUCGUCUUCUGCGGUUUGCCCAAGAGGACACUCCCCCUGAGAAUGACUACAGACUUCAGCACGUCAUUGUGUACUUCCUCCAGAACCAGGCACCCAAGAAGAUCCUUGAGAGGACUUUGCUCACUCAGUUUGCUGACCGUAACCUGGCUUUUGAUGAGAGAUGCAAAAGCAUUAUGAAUGUGGCACGUGCAAAACUGGACCUAAUUAAGCCCGAGGAGGUCAACAUGGAUGAGUAUGAGAUAUGGCAUCAAGACUACAGGAACUUCCGUGAAACGACCAUUUUCAUGAUUACUGGCUUGGAGCUCUUCCACAAGACGAAUUAUGUGGAGGCGUUGAUAUAUCUGAUCUACUCAUACCAGUACAACAAGGAGCUUUUGUCUAAGGGGCUGUACAGAGGACACGAUGAGGAAUUCCUUGGUCAUUACCGUCGCGAUUGCUUGUUGAAAUUAAAUGAGCAAGCAGCUGCCCUGUUUGAGUCGGGAGAAGAACCAGAGGUGACCACUGGUUUAGGAAUUAUGAAUGAAUUGGUGGUGCCCUGCAUCCCCUUGCUCGUGGUCCAUGACACUGAGAGGGACCUGCUGGCAGUAGAAGACAUGAGGAACCGCUGGUGCUCCUACCUGGGACAGGAGAUGGAAUCCAACCUCCAAGAAAAGCUGACUGACUUCCUCCCCAAGUUACUGGACUGCUCGACGGAGAUCAAAAGCUUCCAUGACCCCCCGAAGGUUCCCGCCUACUCCACCUUGGAGCUAUGUGAAAGAUAUAGGCACAUCAUGACCACACUCUGCAAGGUGGCCAACAAUGAGAGAUGAGCUCUGAGGAUGAUCCAGGCACCUCUCCCCUUAUUCCAGGCUCGACCCUGGUCUUAAAUCCUGUGGACCUCUCUUAACCCAUGCCUUCCUUUAGAAAUCCAGGGCUAACUUGCUUUCUAGCUCUUAUUCCUCUGUUACUCUUUUGCUGCUAUCGGUUUUAUCAUUACAGGUAUUAUUUCACUUAUUUUACGCAAAAACAACAGAGGAAGUGUAUGUGGAAAGAACACGAUGGACUGUUUUGGAGGGAGGAUAAGAAGAGCAAUGUUAGUGGAGCACAAAGACUAUCAUCCAGCUAAAAGCCAAGCACAUUCAGUUUCAGCUUUGUGAGACAAAGACAAGUUUGGGGGUGUUCAUAGUUUACCGGUGUUGUCACUGUUUUUGAUUCAAUUUCCCCCCAAACAAGCUACAAGGCCUUUCUCAAUGCAUCAGUCCCUGCGUGAAAAGGUUUGUCUGGCCUGCUGCUCUGCCUCGAGUUUGGUACAGUAUUAUGUUUUGUUUCAUUUUUCUAAAGAAAACGGAAAGGAAACUUUGAGAUUCAAAGAAAAACAGGUUUAUCAGCACCUCAGAGUAACUCAAAAUGGUCUAUCAACGUGGGCUGCUUUGGAAUGGAGAUGGUUUCAGUGCUGUGGUGGGCAGCCAUAGACUUUCUGUGGCUUGUGAAUAAAUCCAUAGAAUAAAGUUUUAUUUAUGGCCC